GCAAAAGGGUAUCAGCUAUAACACGCAGGAUUUAAGAACAGUUCCUAGUCCGGGAAUCAAGAGAAGGAGGGAGAGAAAGGGAAACAAAAAAACAAAACACAAAAGAACUCAUCCGAGGAGAGGAAACAGAGAAAUAAAGGGCAAAGAUGGGUCUUUUUUCUUUACCCCCAAUACCCUUCUCUCUGCGUAUCUAUAUGAUGAUGACAGCUUUUGUUGAAAGGUCGGUUUCUUUUAAAUUUUAUGACGAAAAGCAAAGAGAAAUAGUGGUAGUAGUAGGGAGCAAUUGAUGAAAACUGAAAAGUCCGACCACUCAUGCUUCGGUCCGCGUGCUUUUGAUGCAAGGAUGACCCGACCCAUUUCCCUUUUUCAAUGCCCUUUUCCUGUUUUCACCAGUUUGUUGAUAGAUUCUCAUUAGAGAGCAGAGAAGCCCCACUUAGGUUAUUUUCUCUUUCUCUUUGCAGACCCCUUUUUGCAGGGGCGUGUUUGUUUGUUUGUUCCUUGGUCUUGGAUCUUUUGAACGCAUGCUCUUCAUGUCCAAUCAGAUCCUCUGAGGUGUUCUUUCCCUCAUUUUUCUCUCCUUUCAUCCAAAAAAUAAUAAUGCAAAACUCAGCAGACAAUGGACGGUCUUGGGAAGGAAAAGUUGUGACCUUUUUAAUGGGGGGGCUUAGGAGGCUGAGGGAUUGAAGUAAAAAGAGUGGGAAUAGGGAAAAGGAAGAGUCUUUAUUCUAAAAAAUGGGUUCUCUUGGAGGGCAGUCAACACUUGUCGAAGAAAUGAAACUGUUGAAAGAAAUGCAGGAUCACAGUGGGUUGAAGAAGAAGAAACGCAUAAUAAAUUCAGAGCUAUGGCAUGCAUGUGCUGGGCCUUUGGCCGCUUUGCCUCAGGUUGGGAGCCUUGUCUACUACUUCCCACAAGGACACAGUGAGCAGGUUGCAGUUUCCACUAAUAGAGCAGCAACAUCCCAAAUUCCUAAUUACCCGAAUCUUCCAUCUCAGCUGUUGUGUCAAGUUCACAAUGUUACACUGCAUGCUGAUAAAGAAACAGACGAGAUCUAUGCCCAGAUGAGCCUUCAACCUGUGAACUCUGAAAAAGAUGUGUUCCCAAUUCCGGAUUUUUGUUUGAAACCAAGCAAGCAUCCGGCAGAGUUCUUCUGCAAGACAUUGACUGCUAGUGACACAAGUACACAUGGCGGCUUUUCCGUUCCAAGACGAGCAGCUGAGAAACUAUUUCCUUUAUUGGAUUACUCAAUGCAACCUCCAACUCAGGAGCUUGUUGUUCGAGACUUGCAUGAUAAUACCUGGUCUUUUCGUCACAUAUACCGUGGGCAGCCUAAAAGGCACCUUCUUACAACAGGUUGGAGUAUGUUUGUCGGCGCAAAGCGGCUUAGGGCUGGUGAUUCUGUUCUGUUUAUCAGGGACGAAAGGUCUCAACUGUUGGUUGGGGUGAGGCGUGCAAAUCGUCAGCAAACAACAUUGCCCUCAUCAGUUCUGUCUGCUGAUAGUAUGCACAUUGGUGUUCUUGCUGCUGCUGCCCAUGCUGCUUCCAACAGAACUCCUUUCACAAUCUUUUACAAUCCUAGAGCCUGCCCUUCAAAUUUUGUUAUACCGUUGGCCAAUUACCGGAAAUCCUUGUAUGGAGCACACUUAUCCCCUGGUAUGAGGUUCGGUAUGAUGUUUGAAACGGAGGAAUCUGGAAAACGCAGGUAUAUGGGCACAAUUAUAGGUUUAAGUGACAUAGACCCAUUGAGAUGGCCCGGCUCCAAAUGGCGCUGCCUUCAGGUGGAGUGGGACGAGCAGGGAUCAGGUGAUAAACAGAAUAGAGUCAGUCCUUGGGAAGUAGAGACACCCGAAAGUCUCUUCAUUUUCCCAUCCCUCACGUCUGGUCUCAAACGAUCUUUUCAGUCUUCUUUUCUUGGAACGCAAACCGAAUGGAACAGUUUGGUCAACCGACCAUUUAUCCGAGGUCCUGAAAACAUAUGUGGGGAUAUUCAGUUCCCUUCGAUCUCAAAUACAUGGUCUGAUCAAGUAAUGAAAAUGCUAUUAAGGCCCCAAGAAACAAUGGCUCAAGAAGAGACUACUCUUAUCAAGUCAACCAUGAAGCAUAAACCCGAGGAAGCAAUUACUAUGGAAGAGACUUCAUCUAUUCAGAGCGAAAGUAACAACAGUAUAGUCAAUGAACCCAUAGUUCCUUUGCAGCAAAAUGACAUGGCAAAACCAGAAACUACUAUAGUGACCCCAUCAGAUCAGCUUAGUCAUUUUCAGUCUUUUGGUCACUGCGAUGAAGAAAAACUACCACCCUUUACUCCCACUAAUGCUGCAAAUGAUCAAGGAGGAAGCCCAUGGGCCCUACCACCACAAUUUGACGACCCGGAGUGCUUUCUGCAAUGCCCUGGGGAUACCAGGGAAUGGAAUUCAUAUCUCCCUCCCACGGGUCAAGAAUUGUGGGAUAGUCAGUUGAAUGAUUAUAGUUGUCUUAAUUUUGACGGUAGUAACAAUGGAAGUGCUGUGAUUGACCCUUCCGUUUCGAGCGUGGUUCUGAAUGAAUUCUGCAACUUGAGAAAUGGCGGACUACAAAAUCCAGCAGAACUAUUAGUGGGAAAUUUCACUUCAAGUCAGGAUGUACAAUCCCAGAUUACUUCAUUACAAGAUUUUGCUGACAACUCGGGUGGCGCAUCCUCCAGCAAUGCGGAGUUUGAUGAGAGCGGUCUUUUGCAAAACAGAUCAUGGCAUCAGUUGGGACCCCCACCACCACGUGUACGCACAUACACAAAGAUUCAAAAGGCGGGUUCUGUAGGAAGAUCAAUUGACGUGUCCAGUUUUAGUAAUUAUUAUGAACUGCGUUUGGAAAUCGAAAGGAUGUUUGGACUUGAGGGGCUGCUAAAUGAGUCGAAAGGCUCUGACUGGAAAUUGGUCUACGUGGAUUUUGAGAAUGAUGUUCUUCUCGUUGGUGAUGACCCCUGGGAAGAAUUUGUGGGCUGUGUGCGGUGCAUAAGAAUACUUUCGCCAUCUGAAGUUCAGCAGAUGGGGGAGGAAGGAAUGCAGCUUCUCAACGCCAAUGCUAUGCAACAAGCCGGUCGUGUCUCUUCACUCUGAUCCAUUUGUUGCCUAUCAAGGGAAAUGAAAGAUCAGUUCUUUCCUUUUUUUCACCUGACUUAGCUGAACCAUUGUUGUACCAUUUAGCUGUCAAAUCUGUAUUCUAG